CCCAUCCCUCCCCUCUUCCUCCCAAGUCCGAACCAAACGAUCUUGAGCUUAAACUCAUCUUCGGGACAAAAAGAAUCAAAAGUCAAUAGUAAAUGGAGAUCGAAGUGAAGCUCCGAUUACCGGACGCCGAUUCACACGGAAAGCUCCUUUCGAUCCUCGCCCCGUUCCACAUUCAAACGCACCACCAGCGCAACACCUUCUUCGACGGGGCGGCUGCUGAGCUCAGCUCGCGGCGCGCCGUUCUCCGCCUCCGCUUCUACGAGCAAUCCCAAACCCCUAGAUGCGUAGUCUCGCUCAAGGAGAAGGCGGAAUUAGUCGGCGGCGUGAGCAGAGUGGAGGAAGACGAGGAGGAUCUCGACCCGGGAACCGGGUACGGUUGCGUAGAGGAUCCGAGGAAGCUCUCCGAAGUGGAUUCCAGGAUUCUGAGGAGAGUAAAGCAGGAAUUCGCAAUUGGGGAAUUAGGGUUUGUGGGGUUAGGAGGGUUCAUGAAUGUCCGGAAUGUGUAUGAUUGGAGAGGUGUGAAGCUUGAAGUGGACGAGACUGUGUACCGUUUCGGCACUCUGUACGAGAUUGAAUGCGAGAGCUCUGAACCUGACCGAGUGAAGGGGAUGAUUGAGGAGUUCUUGAAGGAGAAGGGAAUUGAAUACUCUUAUUCUGAGAAGUCCAAGUUUGCAGCAUUCAGGGAGGGGAAGUUGCCAUUGUAAGUGACUUUCAAGAAUUCAUCUUAUUAUCAUAACAUCAUAUACAACAAUAAGUUUUUGAAUUGUGAACAUUCAUGCUUCUUCUUUAGAUAUAUAUAUUCAAUACAAGUACAUUGUUGUGCUCAUAGGGAAUGUGCUUGAUGCUACAAUUUGUGUUCCGUGGGUUCGGAUUUAAUUGAUCAUUUGUUUCAAAACCACAAAUUUAAAUCCACAUUCGCUUGUAUGAGAUUUAUGAUCACAAAGUAUUAAAUAUAGAAAUGAAGAACCCAAUGCUUA